AAAACGCACUAUACAAUUACCUCUCUCAAACUGGUGUCCAUUUUACUUUUGUUUGCGAUUGAUCUACAGACGAAAUAGUAUAUCACUAUUCAUUACCUAGUUCAUUUUGCUUUUUUUUAUAUGACACAAGAAGAAUGUGUAAAAACAUGCACAAUGUGAUCGAGUAAACUAGGCGCGCUUCAUUAAGAUAUUACGAAGAAAUCAAAACAUCCCAAUAUCUUGCCUUUAAAACGCUACAAUUAAAACAUGUGAGUUCGGUAAGUGUUAACUGCUAAUAACAAUUGUUGCGUGUAAGAAAUGAAAAAAAAAGGAUACUAACAUUAAGUAUACGAAAUUAUGAGAUGUACUCGUUCACAAUGUUGACAUUGGGGAAAUGGCAAGCUAUCGGAUCAUCUGCUAGGCGUAAUUUGUUGUCUAUGUUUGCCAUCAUCAUAAUAACCAAAUGUUAGGGAAAUGCGCAAAUUAAUGUAGAACAAAUAAUGGAGCAACGAUACAUUUACAACGACUGUAAUGAAUACCAGAGAUUAUCGGAGAGUAAUUUUCACGUCGCUCGCUCAUGUCACGUUUAGCUCCUCUGUUAUUUUUUACCAGGAGCCUUAGAGUUUUGAAGCAGACGACGUCAGCUUUAGCAGUAUUCACUAAACAGUGCUAUGCGCUUGGAACCGAUGUUUUUUCAGAUGAUCCACACUAUCUCCUUCCAGGCAGACAAGGAUUGCUGUUGCUACGGGACGGAGCAAUGACUAAAGAAAACUGCUCAGGGGGUAGUGAAGGGCAGGCCCCAGCAAAUAUAUCUAUUUCAGUGAUUACGAACACCAAAAAAGAGGCUUCUUUAAUGGCGACAAAUGUUGUGAACCCGUGCGAACAACCCAGGUUAGAGAUAGGGGAGUAUCUAGUCGAUGAUGCUAUUCCAGAGAAAGAUAAGGAUCGCCUGCGAGAGCUGCAAACUGAGUUGGCCAGUGAAACUAUUUCGAAAAACCGACGAAAAAGACUUUGGAAAGAGGUAGAAUGGGUUGCCAACCGAAAGCGGAGAAACGAUGAGAAAAAAGCUGAGCGUAAGAAGCGCCAGUCUGAAAUUCGAGAGGGGACUCGAGAGCCUUCACAGAAACGUCAGCGCAUCGUCCGAAUGGCGAACAGCGUAUGUAAAGUCCGCGUGGCUCUUGAUCUUUCUGUUCAUGGUCUUAUGACCGAUGCUGAACGGAUGAAAGCCGGAAAACAGACACAACGAUGCUAUGCGAUGAAUCGCCGUGCCGAUCGUCCCCUACAGCUCUAUUUAACUGGGUUGGAAGGCACCGAAUACUGGACUGGAAAGAUGCCUGGCUUCGAUAAUUGGGAUGUACAUCAAGUUAAAUCGAAUCAUGUUGAGCACUUUGGCAGGGAUCAGGUGGUUUAUUUAUCUGGCGACUCGGAUACGGAGCUUAGUGAACUUGUCGAUUCAGAAGUCUACAUUAUCGGGUGUAUGGUCGACCACAAUAGACUUAAAGGGGUCACGUACCAGCGAGCGCUUGACGCAGGGGUCCGACAUGCUAGGCUUCCUCUAGACAGAUAUGUGGACAUGAAGACACGCAAGGUGCUAACUAUCGAUCAUUGUUUCGAAAUUCUUUUAAAUCGCGUUAAUGGAAUGACAUGGGAAGAGGCUAUAAUUAGAGCUAUACCUGCCCGCAAGGGUGCUCAGCUAAAAGGUGAUGCUGAUGGUGAAGAAGAUAGCAAAGGUGAAAAAAGACGGAAUCAAUCCGGGGACGCCGAAAAAACGUCUGCGGAAACUAAACCGAGCAAAGAACUUAAGUGCGGAAAUGAAAAACAGGAGAACGUGGUAAACAAUAUCGAAUCUGCUGCUUCAGAAAUGGUCAAUAAAACAACUGAGUCUAUUGUGAUAGGCGACACUUGUGGCAGUGAAACCAUCGUGCCUAAUACAAAAGUGCGUGAUAUGUGACGUACUAUAUAACCUCUACUGCUUAGAGCAACUGCAAUAUGGUUCUUUAUUAAGAGUAAAUGUUCUUUAUUUCACAGAAAGAGUAUACAAAGCUUGGUGUAUAUAUACAUCCGUGGAAUAAUGUACAUAAA